AUGUUGGAUAAAGUGAGGAGUGGACGACCAAGAACAUCUGAGGAAAACAUAGAUCAUGUAAGAGAAGAUUUGAUCGUUCUCCUACAAAGUCCAUCUUUACUGCUGCCAGAAACUUACAGCUACCACGUUGAAAAGUGUAGGGCUGUGAGGCUACUAAUAAGCGUUUCGUUUGUGGUAGCAGUAAUCAAAGCCGAGGGAUAUGGAUCCUCAGGUGGUGGAGGAAAUACAUUUAAAGGGGGAGGAACUAAAGGACAUGGAACUGGAAUUACAGGAUCUAGUGGAGGUGGAGGCUACGGAUCAGGUUUAGGUGGCAGUGGAGGAGGGUUUGGCUCUUCUGCUGGAGGUGGUGGAGCCUAUGGCUCUGGAAAUAGUGGGGGUCAUGGAAGUAACAAGGGAGGUGGAUUUGGCUCUUCCUUUAGAGGAGGCUUUGGGUCCUCUAAUCGGGGAGGCUUUGGUUCCUCUGGCAAAGGAGUCUUUGGCUCUUCCAGUGGAGGUAGUGGAAGCUAUGGUCCUGGAAGUGGUGGGAGUCAAGGAGGUUUUGGUUCCUCCAGUGGAGGUGGAGGAAGCUAUGGCUCUGGUGGUAGUGGGAGCCUUGGAGGAAGCAAAGGAGCAGGUUUUGGAUCUGCUUUUAAAGGAGGCUUUGGGUCCUCUAGUGGAGGAGGCUUUGGUUCUUCCACUGGAAGCAGUGGAAGCUAUGGUUCUGCAAGUGGUGGGAGUCAUGGAGGUAGUCAAGGAGGUGGAUUUGGUUCUUCCUUUAAAGGAGGCUUUGGUUCCUCCAGUGGAGUUGGAGGUGGAGGCUAUGGCACUAGUGGUAGUGGGAACCUUAAAGGAAGAGAGGGAGCUGGAUUUGGAACUUCCUUUAAAGGAAGCUUUGGGUCUUCAAGUAGAGGAGGUUUUGGUUCUUCUGGUGGAGGUGGAGGAAGCUAUGGCUCUGGUGGUAGUGGAAGCCUUGGAGGAAGUAAGGGGGGAGGAUUUGGUUCUUCCUUUAAAGGAGGUUUUGGAUCUUCUAGUGGAGGAGGUUUUGGUUCUUCUGGUGGAGGUGGAGGAAGCUAUGGCUCUGGUGGUAGUGGAAGCCUUGGAGGAAGUAAGGGGGGAGGAUUUGGUUCUUCCCUUUAG